AUGAGUAGUAUUAAACGAACUUUGAGUGUUGAUGAUAAUUCCGUAACAAUAGAUAUUAAUAAUGAACAAUCAACAAGUUCCAAUGAUUCUCCAGGUUCAAAAAAACUUCGGCGUACAUCAGUAAAUUCUGAAAAUGAGGAACAAACUCAAAUAAUUGAACAAGAAAAUGGCAUCAAUAAUGGUCACUCAACAAAUCAAUCUGACACCGAAGAACAAGAAAUAAGUAACAAUAUAGAAGAAAACUCUUCUGAUUGUUCCAUGAUUUUGGCUGAUUUUGAUAAUGGAAAAGAUGAUAUUUUUCGAUAUGAUGGUAACAUUAUUUUUCAUACUCAUAUCCCACCACAAGGACGAUAUGCUCAAGUAUCAAGUGAACCAUCAAUAAUACGAACGUUUGCAUGGACAUUAUCAGCAUUUUUACAACUAAUUUAUGAUAAUUCUCAACAUACUCAUACAGAAUCUUUUAGUCUUUUUCUUAAAUGUGAACCAGACAAAAAAUAUCAUGGUUGGUCUAUAUUUGCUAAAGCUGAAUUAACUCUUUUACAUCCAACAAAUCCAAAUAAAAAUGUUGUUAGAAAAAUCAAUCAUUUGUUUAAUGUACGUUCCAAUGAUUGGGGUUUUCGCCAAUUUAAACCAUUAAAAGAAAUCUAUAGUGAAUAUAUACAUUCGCCAGAUAAUACAAUUCGAAUUGAAGCAAAAAUUCAUGCUGAUCCUCCACGAAAUAUUGAAUGGGAUUCAAAAGGUCAAACUGGUUUUGUUGGUUUGCGCAAUAUUGGUGCAACUUGUUAUAUGAAUUCAUUCUUACAAACAAUUUAUUUUACCAAAAAAUUACGCAAGGCUGUUUAUACUUUGCCAACAGAUAGUGAUGAUCAAUUACAUAGCAUUCCACUUGCUUUGCAAAAACUUUUCUAUGAUCUUCAAUUUACUGAUCGACCUAUAAAAUUUUGUCGAGUGUUACUCGAUAAAUUAGAAUCAAAAAUGGAAGGUACAACAAUGGAAGGUGUCAUUCCAUCACUAUUUCAAGGACAAUAUGUGCAAUAUGUACGAUGCACAAAUGUUUAUCAUGAAUCUCGAGUACAACAAACAUUCUAUGAUGUUCCAUUACAAAUACGAAAUAAUGCUAAUAUUAUAGAAAGUUUUCGAGAUUUUUGUAAAACAGAAAUAUUAACCGGUGAAAAUUUAUAUGAUGCUGGCAAUAUUCAUGGUUUACAAGAAGCAGAAAAAGGUGUGAAAUUUCAACAUUUUCCUCCAGUACUUUGUUUACAUUUAUUACGUUUUGAAUAUGAUUAUAAUUUAUCUCAAAAUAGAAAAAUAAAUGAUAGUUAUUCAUUUGAUUAUCAUCUUGAUUUAAGUGAAUUUCUUGAAAAACCAAAUUGUUCAUUAUGUUCAUAUAAAUUAUUAUCAAUAUUAGUACAUAGUGGAGAUAAUUCAAGUGGACAUUAUGUUUCAUUUAUUAAUCCAGAAUUAGAUGGACAAUGGUUUAAAUUUGAUGAUGAUGUUGUUGCACGAGUAGCACCAAGUGAUGCAAUGGAAAGAAAUUUUGGUGGAAUACAAGAUGAUGAUGGAAGUAUGUAUAAUACAUCUGCUUAUAUGCUGGUUUAUAUACGUGAAGAUUGUCAAAAAGAUGUUUUAUGUGAUAUUAAUCUAGAAGAUAUUCCAGAAAAUUUAAUAAAACGAUUUGAUUAUGAAAAAAAAUUAUGUUUAAAACGUCGUGAAAAUAUGUCGGAUAAUGAUGAGUUAGUUUAUAUACAAAUUAUUUUAAAUACUGAUUUUUAUAUUCAACAAACAGCUUGUUUAACAGAAAUUAUUUAUUAUAAUUCUAUAGAUUUUCCAAACAAUAAAUUUUAUUCACGUUAUAUAAAAGCACGAAAUUCAGAAUUAUUUAGUAUUUUUGCUCAACGAUUAGCAUAUGAAAUGGGAGUCAAUCUCAAUGAAGAUAUACGAAUAUGGUUGGUUAAUACUCAUAAAAUUAAUAUAAAUCAUCAAAAUCAUAAUCAUUAUCAUUCACAAUCAUUACUGACUUCUACACUUAUUUAUUGUGAUGAUUAUAAUAAAAAAAUUAUCGAUUUAUUUCAACAUAAAAUAUCAAAUCGACAAAUAUUAUCGAUAUUUGUUGAACAAAAACUAUUUCUUAAUGGUGUCUAUCAAUUAUUACCAUUUGAUAAAAAUGAUGAUAUAUUAAUAUUUGUUCGUUUAUAUGAUUCUCGAGAUGAAUCUCUUUUGUACAUUGGUCAUUUUCUAUUUUCUAAAAAACAAUCACUUCAAAAAUGUCUAAAUGAUAUUGCUCUUCAUAUUAAAAAACCAAUAUCUCUUUCGACAAAAUUUAAUGUUCAUCAAAGUACACCAAAACAUAAUCAAAUUUAUCAAUAUGAAUUCAUACAAUCAUCUAAUUUUGAUUUACCAUUAUCUCAAGCACUUCAUCCAUGUUUAUCUGGUGUAUCAAUUAUAAUUCAAAUACUUGAUAUGAAUCAAACACAUAAUGAAAAAUGUUCUCUAACUUUAGACGAUUAUUUUCAAAAUCUCUUUAGUCGUCAAGAAUUUCAUGUCUGUAAUCGAGAUAAUUUACGAAAUGAAUGUCUUUUAAAAUUAUAUCUUCCAUUGGAAACAUCUAUUAAAGAAGUUAUUAGAUUAAUUGCUGAACGUAUUAACUAUCCAGAACAACAAGUUAUUAUACAAAAAUCUUCAAAUUCAGCAUCAAUAACCAAUACAACACCUUCAACAUCUUUAUUACAUAUUGGUAGUGAACAAAAACUAAAAGAUCUCUAUCCAAAUAUACGUUUUACAGUAACAACACCUCGAAAAAUCUUCUUUAAAAGAUUACCGUUUAAUUAUACGGAACUUGAACAUCGUCGUUUAUUUCGCAUAUAUGUUACAAAUUCAACAAAAAAAGAUGAACAACGUGAAGUACAAUUUUAUGCUAAACCAUCUUCAACAGUAGCCGAUUUUCUUAAUGAAAUUAAACAAUGGAUACCAACAUUAUGUUCUGAGAAUGGUAGUCAACACUUAAGAAUCAUUGAACUAAUUUUAAACAAUGAUAUAAAUCUUCCAUUUCAUCUUCGUAUAUGUCCAGAUCAAUUAUCAAUAGAUAAAUUUGAUAAUUGUUCAAAUCGUUCUUAUCAUUUAGAAGAAAUUAUUUCUGAUGAAAAUGAUCAUAAUAAAGAUUCUGUAUUGAUACCUGUUGCUCAUUAUACAAAAGAAAAUUUUAUACAAAUAAAUCUUCAAAAAUUUUUUCCAUUUUUUCUAAAUGUGAUACAUAAUGAAUCAUUUGAUGAUGUUAAACAACGAUUACAAACUAAAUUAGGUCUUACUAAUCGUGAAUUUGAAAAAUAUCGUUUUUCAAUAUUUAAUGGUAGUAAAUUAAUAUCUCGAUGUGAUGAUAAUAUGGGACAAAUUAAUUUACGUGAACUGAAAUUGAUACAAAAUGCAUGUUGGCUUGGCUUAGAAUUACCACUAAUAUCAAAUCCACGAAAAACUAGAAAAUCACUUGGUUCAGAAAAACCAAUUCGAAUAAACUAG